ACAUGAGCAGACAGAGAUAGAGCAGCAGGGAGAAGGAAGGCAAAAAAAAAAAGUCUGUCACAUCCUCACAUGGGGAGAAUGAUAGAAGUCAUUUAGGGCUCGCAGCCAACCAACAUGACUUCAGAGGCCGAGACGGGGACGGACUGUCCUGAAGAACUGCUGGACGAGGUGGUCCUGGGGCGCAUUGCCAGCUUGGACCCAUUCCCGCCUCGGGACUUUAGGGGCAAGUUUAAAAAGAUGCGGCACAAGAAGAGGCCCACCAUUCUUGAAACCUCGCCCGUGGGGAAUGGCUACAGCAAACCCCCCAUCCCUCCAGUCUGCUGUCCUCAUGGAGAGAAGGGUCCCCCGGUCAUGAUGCCGAUCAGCGUGGACCCGGAGAGCAAACCGGGCGAGUAUGUCCUCAAGAGCCUCUUCGCCAUCUUUGCCACGGUGUCAGAACGCAAGAUUCGAAUCAUCAUGGCGGAGCCGCUGGAAAAACCUUUGACAAAGUCUCUCCAGAGGGGUGAAGAUCCUCAGUUUGACCAAUUGUUGAGCACCAUGAGCUCUUUGGCCGAGUACUGCCUGCCCUCCAUCCUGCGCACUUUGUUCGACUGGUACAAAAGACAAAACGGCCUGGACGAAGAGUUUCACGAGUACCGCCCCAGAGCUAACACCAAGUCCAAAAACGAUGAGCAGCAUAGAGAUUAUUUACUUGAAAGGAGGGACUUGGCCAUCGACUUUAUCUUCUCACUCGCUCUCAUUGAAGUUCUUAAACAGAUGCCACUGCACCCGGUCCUCGAUGGUCUAGUCAAUGAGGUCAUCAACUUAGCCUUCAAGCACUUCAGAUACAAAGAAGGAUAUCACGGUCCUAACACUGGCAACAUGCACACUGUAGCUGACCUCUAUGCUGAGGUUAUUGGCGUAUUGGCUCAAACUAAGUUCCCUGCCGUGAAGAAGAAGUUCAUAACUGAGUUGAAGGAGCUGAGACAGAAGGAACAGAGUCCAUAUGCAGUCCAGAGUACUAUCAGCCUCAUCAUGGGGGUCAAGUUCUUCCGAAUUAAGAUGUAUCCCGUCGAGGAUUUUGAAGCUUCUUUUCAGUUUAUGCAGGAAUGUGCCCAGUACUUCCUGGAUGUUAAGGACAAGGACAUAAAACAUGCCCUGGCGGGGCUUUUUGUGGAAAUUUUGGUUCCUGUUGCGGCGGCGGUGAAGAAUGAAGUGAACGUGCCCUGCUUGAGGAACUUUGUGGACAGCUUGUACGACACAACCCUUGACCUGUCUGCAAGGAAAAAGCACUCACUGGCUUUUUACCCCCUAGUGACGUGCCUGCUGUGUGUCAGCCAGAAGCAAUUCUUCCUCAACCGAUGGCAUGUCUUCCUCAACAACUGCCUCUCAAAUCUGAAGAGUCGAGACCCUAAGAUGGCUCGUGUGGCACUGGAGUCUCUGUAUCGCCUGCUGUGGGUUUACAUGAUCAGAAUUAAAUGUGAGAGUAACACCGCGACUCAAGGUCGGCUCAACACUAUCAUAACAACACUUUUCCCCAAAGGAUCUCGCAGUGUGCUACCAAGAGACAUGCCUCUCAACAUCUUUGUCAAAAUUAUACAGUUUAUUGCACAGGAAAGACUUGAUUUUGCCAUGAAAGAAAUUAUUUUUGAUCUUUUGUGUGUCGGGAAACCCGCAAAAGCCUUCAGUCUCAAUCCAGAGAGAAUGAAUAUCGGUCUGAGAGCAUUCCUGGUCAUAGCCGACAAACUCCAGCAGAAGGACGGCGAGCCCCCAAUGCCCAACACGGGUUGCACUUUGCCCUCAGGGAACACGCUGCGAGUAAAGAAGACAUACCUGAGCAAAACGCUGACAGACGAAGAGGCCAAAGUCAUCGGGAUGUCCCAGUAUUACUAUCACGUGCGUAAGGCUAUCGACAACAUACUGAGACACCUGGACAAGGAGGUGGGACGCUGCAUGAUGAUGACUAAUGCACAGAUGCUGAACAAGGAGCCUGAGGACAUGAUCACAGGUGAAAGGAAGCCCAAGAUUGAUUUGUUCAGGACGUGCGUCGCCGCCAUCCCCCGCAUGCUGCCUGAUGGGAUGUCCAAGACAGAGCUCAUAGAUCUGCUCUCACGCUUGACGAUCCACAUGGAUGAUGAGCUCCGACUCAUAGCUCAGAAUUCAUUACAAAGCCUGCUGGUGGAUUUCGCGGACUGGCGCGACGACGUCCUGUUCGGAUUUGCCAACUUUGUGUUGCGUGAGGUCCAAGACACCCACCAGAGCCUGUUGGAUACGUCGCUCAAACUGCUGCUGCAACUGCUCACACAGUGGAAACUCACAGUGGCGGCCCCGGGGAAGGUUGCUAAGAUACACACUGCUGAGCUGCUGCAGACAAGUUCCAAUGCAAAGAUGGCUCCAGAGCGAGGCCCUCACACCGCCGUUCUGCACGCCGUAGAAGGUCUGGCCCUCAUGCUGCUCUGCUCCUGUCAGCUCAGCACACGGAGGCUCGCCAUUGCCGUCCUUAAGGAGAUCCGCAGCCUCUUUACGGUCAUCGGGCAGUCUGAGGACGAUGAUAAACCAAUGAUUGAGGUCAUGGACCAGCUCAGCCCUGUGAUACUCGAGAGCUUAGUCAAUGUUGCUGUCUCCGAUACAGCUAACACGUCCGCUGGCCACCACGUAGACCUUCAGUGGCUGGUGGAGUGGAACGCCCGGCUCGUCAACAGUCACUACGACAUCCGCAGCCCCUCGCACGUUUGGAUCUUGGCGCAGUCGGUGAAGGACCCAUGGGUGCUGUGCAUGUACAGCCUUCUCCGGCAGGACCAUCUGCCCAAACACUGCCCUACGGCCCUCAGCUACGCGUGGCCCUAUGCCUUCACUCGAAUGCAGAUGCUCAUGCCUGUGGUGGACCCCAAUAACCCGGUCAAUGCAAAGAAAACUAGCACGUCCGGCAGCACUGACAACUAUGUAACCCUAUGGAGGAACUACUUGAUCCUUUGCUUUGCUGUGGCCAAGCCCAGCGUCAUGAGCCCCGGCCACCUGAGAGCAUCGACAUCUGAGAUCACGACGGCCACGCCCGACAGCGCCGUGGGCUAUGAUAAGGUGGUCGCAGGUUGUCCGUCUGUUGCUUGGCUCCUCAAGCAGUUGGUUCCACUCAUGAGGGCUGAGAGUGUGGAGCUGACAGAAUCAUUGGUUCUGGGCUUUGGCCGCACCAAUUCCCUCGUCUUCAGGGAACUUGUGGAGGAACUUCAUCCACUAAUGAAAGAGGCACUGGAAAGAAGACCAGAGAACAAGAAGCGGCGCGAACGUCGGGACCUUCUGCGACUUCAGCUAUUGCGCAUCUUUGAGCUGCUUGCUGACGCUGGCGUCAUCAGUGACAGUACAAACGGUGCUCUUGAACGUGACACCCUCGCCCUCGGCGCUCUCUUCUUGGAGUACGUGGAUCUGACCCGGAUGCUUUUAGAAACUGAGAAUGAUAAAGACGCAGAGAUUCUAAAGGACAUCCGAGCUCACUUUAGCGCCAUGGUAGCCAACCUCAUCCAGUGUGUGCCAGUGCACCACAGGCGCUUCCUGUUUCCACAACAAAGCCUACGGCAUCAUCUCUUCAUCCUCUUCAGCCAGUGGGCCGGCCCCUUCAGCAUCAUGUUCACCCCUUUGGACCGCUACAGUGACAGAAAUCACCAGAUCAAAAGAUAUCAGUACUGUGCCUUGAAGGCCAUGUCUGCUGUUCUGUGCUGUGGCCCGGUCUUCGACAAUGUGGGUCUCUCUCCAGAUGGAUACCUCUACAAGUGGCUGGACAACAUUUUAGCCUGCCAGGACCAGCGGGUUCACCAGCUUGGAUGUGAAGUCAUCAUUCUGCUUCUGGAGCUCAACGCAGACCAAGUCAACCUCUUCAACUGGGCUGUAGAUCGCUGCUACACAGGCUCCUACCAGCUGGCCUCAGGCUGCUUCAAAGCCAUAGCGACAGUGUGUGGCAGCAGAAACUACCCAAGCGAUAUAGUGACGCUUCUCAAUUUAGUGCUCUUUAAGGCAUCGGAGGCCAACAGGGAGAUUUAUGAGAUUUCAAUGCAGCUAUUGCAGAUUCUAGAGGCCAGGUUGUUUGUGCACUCCAAGAAGAUUGCAAGCCAGAAGCCCAACAACAUCCUAUAUGGCACCCAUGCUCCUUUGCCUCCUCUCUACAGUGUCUCCCUCCCUCAGCUCUCCAGCCAGCUUGCCAGGAUGUACCCCGAAUUUACGCUCCCUCUAUUUUCAGAGGUUAGCCAGAGGUUCCCCACCACCCACCUCAACGGGAGGCAGAUUAUGCUGACCUAUCUCCUUCCCUGGCUUGGCAACAUAGAGCUGGUAGAUAGCGGUCUGCUGCUUCCAGCCUUUACGCAACCUACCUCCGAUUAUGACUCCUCUUCACGGGGGAGUGGCUCCUCUUCUACCCAGCAGCUGAGGGGGAGUGGCUGGGGGUCCCUGCAGGCCACGUCCAUGGUGCUCAACAACCUCAUGUACAUGACUGCCAAGUAUGGAGAUGACUUACCUGGAUCUGAAAUGGAAAAUGCCUGGAAUGCUUUGGUGUGCAAUGAAAAGUGGAACAACAACCUGAGAACCACGCUGCAGUUUCUCAUCAGCUUGUGUGGUGUCAGCAGUGACACUACCCUCCUGCCUUUUAUAAAGAAGGUGGUGAUCUACCUGUGUCGAAACAACACCAUGCAAACCAUGGAGGAGUUGAUAUUUGAGCUGCAGCAGACAGACCCAGUCAACCCAGUAGUGCAACACUGUGACAGCCCUCCGUUUUAUCGCUUCACCACCACGAACAAGGCCUCCGCCACUGCAGCGUCAGGAACCACAUCCAGCAGCAACACUGUUGUGGCAAGCCAGGAGAGCUUUCCAGAUGCAGAAGAGAACAAGGCGAAGGACAAUGAAGAGAGGCACAACCACGGGACGCGAGCUCACAGUCGUCUGGAAUCUCGCUACAGCAACAGCUCGGGGGGAUCAUACGACGAAGAUAAGAGUGAACCUCUGCCUCCGUAUGUUGACUGGCUGAUGAUCGUAGUGGAAAGCAACCAGCCCCAUCCUCUACCUAUGCCUCUAAACGGCGGCUGUUGGGCACCGCUAGUGGACUUUCUGCCCGAGACCCUCACCCCCAGAGGACCCCUGCACAGGUGUAAUAUAGCAGUCAUAUUCAUGACAGAGAUGGUAGUGGACCACAGUGUGAGAGAGGACUGGGCCUUGCACCUCCCCUUACUGCUGCAUGCCCUAUUUUUGGGCAUGGAUCACUACCGUCCAGAGGUGUUUGAGCACAGCAAGCGUCUCCUCCUCCACCUGUUCAUCACCUUGUCCUGCCACAACAACUUCCAGGCCGUCGCCUCGGUGCUGUUGCAGACGCGCGAGUUUCACGGUGCCAAGACCCUUACUUGCAAGGCCGAGUCUUUAACGCCAGGAGGUUUUGACUUUCUGAGGGAGUGCCAGGCAUCACCCGUAACAGACUCCGGUCUGAGUUCCUCCUCUACUUCGUCCAGCCUGAGUCUCGGGGGCAGCACCAACAACCUGCCCGAGAUUGCACACGAGGUGGAGGAGCUGGCGACGUCCGCUAACACGGACCUGAAGACAAACAGGCUCAUUGAGUUUUUAAUCACAAGCUCAUAUGGACCCCUGUGGUGCCAUGAAGACAUUUCACCCAAGAAUCAAAUCUCCAAAAGUACCAGCCAGUUGACACAUUUCCUGCGCCACGUGGUGUCCGUUUUCAAGGAAUCAAAUGUUCACCUGGAGCAGGAGCUAAGCAACGUGGCUUUACACACGGCCCUGUGCAGUUCCUCGCGCCACUACGCCGGCCGCUCCUUCCAGGUGUUUCGUGCCCUCGGCCGGCCAGUCUACGCACACGCUGUCUCGGAUUUGCUCUCGAGGCUGGUGGAGGUUGUUGGAGAGCAUGUAGAGGAAGUGCAGGGCUAUGUGAUGGAAGUGUUACUCACACUGGAAUCUGUGGUGGACAACUUGGCCGAGUGCCUCAAGAACAACGACCUCAUGGCCAUCCUGACCAGAGCGUCAUCUCCAGAUCUACUCACCACGUUGAAGCUGAUGUCUAACAGGAAAAGCACGGGCCAGCUCAGCCUACGCAGAGAAGAGCGUAGUCGACACCAGAGAAGCUCCUCCGUCCCCAAGAAGUUUGGCGAAGCGGACAAGUGGUCGGACCCCCCUCGCAGCGCCACCUUGGACCGCAUCCAAGCGUGCGAGCAGCAGCUUCUGUUGGGCAAAAGCCGGAGCAGCCCCUCAUCCUCCAAGGACAACAUCUCAGAUCCGAGCAACGUCAACCAUCCCAGUAACCUCCUCGCCACCAUCUUCUGGGUUGCUGUAUCGCUGAUGGAGUCAGACUUUGAGUUUGAGUACCAGAUGUCUCUGAGGCUGCUCAACAAGCUGCUGGGUCACGUGUCCCUGGACAAACCGGAGAACCGGGAGAAGUUGGAGAAGCUGCAGGGCCAGCUGAAGUGGAGCAGCUUUACUGGGCUCCAGCAGCUCUUGCUCAAGGGCUUCACAUCUGUAGCCACCACAGACCUCACGCUGCAGCUCUUCUGGCAGCUCACGCCUGUGUCACGGGUGUCUGUUGUGGACACUUCACAAGUCAUUGGGUUCCCCUUGAAUGUCCUGUGCUUACUUCCGCAUUUGGUGCAGAAUUUUGACGGCCCCAAUCACUUCUGUCAGGAUGUUGCCGAGAGGAUAGCUCAGGUAUGUCUGGAGGAGAAGAACGACAAGCUAUCCAACCUGGCCCACGUCAUGACUCUUUACAAAACUCGCUCCUACACCCGAAACUGCUUCUCGUGGGUCAAUGUAGUGUGUCGGUAUCUGCACGAGGCCUUCUCGGACAUCACCGUCAGACUGGUCACUUACAUGGCCGAGAUGUUGGAGAAAGGUCUCCCUAGCAUGCAGCAGACCCUUUUGCAAAUCAUCUACAGUCUGCUGAGUCACAUGGACUUGAGUGGAAUCCAAGCCAAGCCCUUCAACACGGAGGUACUCAAGACCAUCGAGAAGUUUGCUCAGAGCGUCCACUGGAGGGAAGCUCUGAAUAUUCUGAAACUGGUGGUCAGUCGGUCGGCCAGCUUGGCGCAGCCUUCCAGCGACCUCUUCUAUGAGGACGUCAGCAGAGUGUGGGACCGCUCCUCCAAGGCCUUGCCUGGGAAAACCCUGGAUUUCCACUUUGACAUAUCAGAGACGCCCGUGAUUGGCCGGCGCUACGACGACUUGCGCGCUUCCCCGGGGCAAGACGGGAAAAGUAGAACUACAGCAGGCACCCGCAGCACCUCCUCCAGCUCCUCUGGAUCUACAUCCAAUAACGUGCUGGUGCCCGUCAGCUGGAAGAGGCCUCAGUCUUCCCAGAAAAGAACUCGAGAGAAACUUGUCAAUGUUUUAUCUCUGUGCGGACAAGAAGUGGGCCUCACAAAAAAUCCUUCGGUAAUUUUCUCGAGCUGUGGAGACUUGGACCUCAUGGAGCACCAACCCAGCCUCGUGUCUUCCGACGACGGGACCCGAGAAGCGGACACAGUGGAUGACAGCGCCUCAGAGCAGCAGUUUAGAGUCUUCAGGGACUUUGACUUCCUGGAUGUGGAGCUUGAGGAUGGAGAGGGGGAGACCAUGGACAACUUCAACUGGGGCGUGCGCCGUCACUCGGUGGACAGCCUGGACCAGAGCGACCUGCACGCACUGGAGGAGAGCCAUCUGUCCAGCAGCAUGCCCAGCCUGAGCCACAUCACGCCCGAGGAGGACUCUGACGAGUCAUCUGAGGAGGAUUCACUCUCUGCCAGCCAAAUAAUCUCCCACUCUCAGUUUACCGGCAGCCUCUCUCCUACCUCUGAGAUCAAUAACAUGGACUCCUUUUGUAACACAACCUCGACUGACUCGACGCCGCCGAGUUCCAAAAAUCCCAGUUUCGAGGUCCAACUGCCGGAGGACUCGAAGCAGCGGCAUGACUUCUCACAAGAGGAUAAAGAUGUACACGAGGAGAACAUGUCGCUCUCCAUCAGCGAUCUUCCCCCUGAAUUUCACUGCACUCACGGGUUCUACAAAGAGCUGGACCUUGACAGCUGCUUGCCCAGUCUCGCAGAGGAGGAGAGAGACGACACAGUGGAAUCCGGCUCAUCCCCGCCGCCAUCUCCCUUCUUCUCAGCCAUCCUGGCGGCGUUCCAGCCGGCGGUGUGCGACGACGCCGAGGAGGCUUGGCGGACUCACGUCAACCAGCUCGUGUCCGACUCGGACGGCUCCUGUGCGGUCUACACCUUCCAUGUGUUCUCCUCCCUCUUCCAGAGUCUCCAGAUCAAAUUUAGCUCCCUGACCUGUGAGGCCGUCAGUUACCUCGGCGACAGCCUGAGAGGAUUAGGAUCAAAGUUCCUGAGGUCGUCUCAAAUGCUGACAGCGUGUGCCGAGUGUCCCACGUUGUUUAUCGAUGCCGACACAAUUAUGUCGUAUGGACUCCUGGAGAAAAUGAAAUUCAGCGUGUUGGAGCUUCAGGAGUAUCUCGACACUUAUAACAGCAAAAAGGAGGCAGCUCUGACGUGGCUCAGCAACUGCAAGGCCACUUUUCCCAGAAGUCCCGCUGGCAUUAUGGUCACAUGUCAGCCAGCUGAGCAGGAGGAAAAGCAAAUGGAAUCUCUGGCUCAACUGGAGCUCUGUCAUAGACUCUACAAACUCCACUUUCAGCUCCUGCUGCUGUUUCAGUCCUACUGUAAGCUGAUCGAGCAGGUCUACGCAAUAAGCUCCAUUCCCAAACUAACCAAUGCAUCCGGAGAGCUGACCGAGCUGAAGAGUCAUCUCAGAGCAGCCCUCAUGGCGGAUGAUGACAAAGUGGUUCAUCACUCGUCCCAGCUUUCCACCUUCAGCUCCUCUGAGGCGGCUGUGCAGGCCAUCCUGGAAGCUCUGAAGAGCAACACCUUCGCUACGGCUAUUUACUAUAUAAGGGAAUGCAGAGCAACGUGGCCUAAUGACAUAUUCGGCAACCAUUGUGAGGAUGAGGUCCAGACUUUACUGAACAUCUACUUUCGCCAUCAAACCCUGGGUCAGACGGGAACGUUCGCGUUGGUGGGCUCAAAGCAGGACCUGACAGACAUCUCCGCCAAGUUGAUGGAACUCAACGGAGAGAUGCGGGACAUGAUUCGGCAAGCGCGCGGCUACCGAGCCAUCACUGCUUUCCUCCCGGACGCCAGGGUUUCGGGAUCGAGUCUCUGACGGCAGACCGCCAGCGGAUGCCCGCACUUAGGAAUAACAAACAUCAGAAUGUUCUGAGAUCUUUGCAGCAAUAUUGAGAGGCUUUUAUUGCACCAAUGGAUGUUGUCACAAAGCGACAACGUUAACAUUUCACAAUAUAGCAUACCAAAGCUUUGCAGCUCAUCUUAAACUGUCAAAAGGGGAAUUGUGCAAUUUUUCACACAUGUGGAAGGAGUUUAACUGUACAGUCAAAGAAUGUAUUUGAAUUUCGCAGGAAAAAAACAUAAGGGAGACUUGGUUACUUUGUGUGCGUGGGGGUGGGAUUGUGUGUUUGUGUGCUUGAGUGUGGAAUUUAGCGUGUUGUGUAGGACAUGAACUGUAGUUUAUUGCUGCUUGGGAAUGCUGCAGAUCUACUGUAAUGUGCAUUGCUGGUGUCUGAGUUAUGCUUUAAUUUACAAACACCUGACUGUACUUUGCAGCUUUUCAGCAUAUGACAAAUAAUUUAUAUUUGCAAGAGAGAAUACAAGCUUUUCCUGCCUAGAUUUUAAAGGAAAUUAUUUUAUUGAACCUUGUCAAGUUUGCAAAUUCUAUCUUAGUCAUCUUUAGGAACAAAUAUUUUCAUGGAGCACUUGUACAUAGAGCGCUUUAUUGGCGCCACAAGAUUGUAUUUUUAUGAAAUUGCAAUUUGAGGAGAUAGUUACGUUAUUUUUUAAAGCUUUCAAGAGGAAUUGUAUGUGUGUCUGAUGUUGUACAUAGUUUUGCCUUUGCAAUGUGUUGAAAGUGGUGUACUGUACACUUGUGUAACAAUAACAAAUAAAACAUACAUUUGUUAAACAUU